AUGGCUGGGGGGUUGUGGGGCCGGAGCCGGGGUGCCCCGGUAGGGGCACUGACGCUGACAGCUCUGGCGGAGGGCAUCCGGGCCACUCAGGGGAAGCCCCUAGCUGCUGUGCCCCAGGAACCUGACCCUCAGGCCCAGGUCUGUGUCCCUGAGGCUGUGCCCUGUUCCCCACCCAGCAACCAGGAGCCUCGCCCUGAGGGAGCUCACCAGGUCCCACAUUGUUCCGGGGAAGAGGGGGCCCUGGCCGACUUGGCAUUGUACACAGCUGCCUGUCUGGAAGAGUCUGGCUUUGCGGGGACCCAGGCGACAGCACUCACGCUGUCCUCUGCCCUGGAGGCCAGAGGAGAAAGGCUAGAGGACCAGGUGCACGCUCUGGUACGCGGGCUGCUAGUGCAGGUGCCCAGCCUGGCCGAGGGGCGGCCCCGGCGGGCGGCCCUGCGGGUGCUGAGCGCACUGGCCCUAGAGCACGCGCGGGACGUCGUGGGAGCGCUGCUGCCCCGCUCGCUGCCUCCGGACCGGGCGGCGGCUGAGCUGUGGCGCAGCCUGAGUCGGAACCAGCGUGUGAACGGACAGGUCCUGGUACAACUGUUGUGGGCGCUGAAGGGCGCGGCCGGGCCUGAGCAGGAGGCGCUGGCGGCCACACGAGCCCUCGGGGAAAUGCUGACCGUGUCGGGCUGUGUGGGCGCCACUCGGGGCUUCUACCCGCACCUACUGCUCGCGCUGGUCACGCAGCUCCAUGAGCUGGCCCGUGGCGCGCGCUCCCCUGACACCCCCAAGACAUGGACCCCGACCCACCCAGGACCACCGCCCAGUCACACCAGCUGCGCGGUGGAGGCCUUGAAGGCCCUGCUCACGGGGGAUGGCAGCCGCAUGGUGGUCACUUGCAUGGAGCAAGCAGGAGGCUGGCGGAGCCUGGCGGGAGCGCACACACACCUGGAAGGCGUCCUGCUGCUGGCCAGCGCCAUCGUGGCACAUGCCGACCACCACCUGCGAGGCCUCUUCGCAGACUUACUGCCCCGCCUUCGCAGUGCCGAUGACACGCAGCGCCUCACGGCUAUGGCCUUCUUCACCGGGCUGCUGCAGAGCCAGCCCACGACGCGGCUCCUGCACGAGGAAGCCAUCCUGGAGCGGCUCCGCGCCUGGCAGGGCGACCCCGAGCCCACUGUUCGCUGGCUGGGCUUGCUGGGCCUGGGUCACCUAGCGCUCAACCGCCGGCAGGUGCGACACGAGACCACGCUGCUGCCGGCGCUCCUGGGUGCCCUGGGCGAGGGCGACGCGCGGCUGGUGGGCGCGGCGCUGGGUGCGCUGCGAAGGCUCUUGCUGCGGCCGCGGGCGCCUGUCCGGGCCCUGUCUGCCCACUCCAUCCGGAGCCCGCCGUGACCACACCCUCUCCCUCAGGCCCGGGACUCGGUUCGUGCCUCGGCUGCCGGGCUCCUGGGGACCCUGGUGCGGCGGGGCCGGGGUGGGCUCCGGGUGGGGCUCCGCGGGCCCCUGCGGAAACUGGUGCUGCAGAGCCUGGUGCCAUUGCUGCUUCGCCUGCACGACCCCAGCCGGGAUGCUGCCGAGAGCUCCGAGUGGACCCUGGCCCGCUGUGACCAGGCCCUGCGCUGGGGCCUAUUGGAGGAGGUGGUGACCAUGGCACACUACGACAGCCCAGAGGCCCUAAGCCGCAUCUGCCACCGGCUGGCUCAGCGGUACCCCAGCCACGUGGCCACCUUCCUGAGUCAGACUCAAGGCUACCUUCGGAGCCCACAGGGGCCCCUGCGCCUGGCAGCGGUGGUGCUCAUAGGCUUCCUCGCUCAUCAUGCCAGCCCCGGCCGAGUCAGCCGCGAACUCUUGGACUCCCUGUUCCAGGACCUGGGGCAGCUGCGGUCCGACCCGGAGCCGGCGGUGGGCGCGGCGGCGCGCGUGUCCUCCCAGCAGGUGGCGCUGCUGGCCAGGGCGCACAGCCGGCCCCGCGCCCCGCGCUUCGCCAGCCUCCUGCGCCGCGCCCGGCGCCGCGCCGACCCCGCCCGCAACCCCGCCCCGCCGGUCUAUGCGGACAGCCCCUUCCAGCGGCGGAGCCACGCGGACCGCUGGGGCUGA